UGGAGCUGAGUGACUCGCGUGGAGUUUGAAUUUUCCAACGAGAACAACCCAAACAGUCCGAGAACGAUAAAGACACCUCGCGCCCAAAUCAGGUUAUAGACCAUGAGCUGGGCGGUGGAGGAGUGGAAGGAUGGACUUCCAGGGAAAGCCCUGCAGAAGAUCCAGGAGAUAGAAAGCCAGCUGGACAAACUGAAGAAGGACAGGAACCAGAAACAGUUUCAGCUGGACUCCCUGGAGGCUGCCCUGCAGAAACAGAAACAGAAGGCGGACAGUGAACGUAAUGAAACCUCUGCUUUGAAAAGAGAGAACCAGUCUUUAGUAGAGUCCUGUGAUUCUCUGGAGAAAGCUCGUCAAAAGGCUGUCCAUGACCUCGGAGUCAAAGAGCAGCAGGUGAACUACCUGGAUGGUCAGCUGAAUUCCUGCAAGAAGACCAUAGAGCGACUGGAGCAGGAGCUCAAGAAGUACAAAAAUGAACUGGAUCGUUCGCAGCCUGCUGGCUCUUCCUCCUUGUCAUCCUCCUCCUCUGACCUUCAACCCUACAAUACUCCACAGAAAACUUUUGCUACCCCAGCUCCUGUCCCAGCCUACAGAAAGCAGGAUAACAGACUAGAAGAGCUUCAGGAGAAAUACAGCCAAGAGGUGGAAGAAAGAAAAAGGCUGGAGACUGAACUCAAAGUCCUGCAGGUCAAACUGUUAAGUCAGUCCUCAGUCAGUGUGAGCCACAAGGACAUUGCUGCCCGCCAAACUGGAUCUUCCAUAUUCCCAUGGCAACAGCAGGAUCAGGGCCAGAGCCGCCAGUCUCAUGGAAUGGAAAUGGAAACACCUCUGAAGAGGCGGGGAACAUCCCUGUGGGACGCCCACGAGGAGACGCCUAUUAAAACCAGCCAGAGGAUGAGCUCUACCAGAGCAGUGCAGAGUCCGGGUGGAUCCUCCCAACAGAUGGAGCAGCUGAAGAGCAUCAACCAAGAGCUGCGUGGCCGUGUGUCAGAGCUGGAGAGGAAUCUGUCCACUCAGGAGAAGGAAAUUCGUAACCAGGCCUCCAAACUGCAGGAACUACAAACCCAACUGAACCAGGCCCGCAAAGACCUCACUGAACGGGAAAGAGACCUGGCUAAGACCAGCCAUGAGCUGACUCAGGCCACAGACAGACACCAGCAGGUUGUAGCCAAGUGUUCAUCAGUUGAGCAGAAGCUGAAGCAAGUCUCAGAGGAGAUGAGCUGUCAGAGGCACAACGCUGAGAGCUGCAAACGAGCCCUGGAGCAGAAACUCAAGGACCAAGAGAAAGACAGUCAAAAGGAGCUAGCCCAGCUGCAGACGUCUCACAAGGCUUUGGAACAGCAGCUGGACCAGACCAGAACCAAGCUAACACAAGAGAUCCAACAGUCCAAAAAAGACCACAAUGUACUGCAGGCUGACAUGGAGAAGAUGUGCUUCCAGAAGAGUCAGAUGGAGAAGGAAGUGGAGGAGCAUAAACAGAGACUGCUGAGGUCAGAGCAGAGCCUCCAGGCCAGCCAGACCAAAGAGCAGGACCUCCGCAAGAAAAUGGAGGAGCUGCAGAGAGAGAAGAACAGCGUGACUGUUCAGUUGGACCAGAGCAGCAGGCGCUUGAGUCAGCUGGAGGAGGAGAAGAAGAGCGCAGACCAGAGCCUCAAACGUACCCAGGGAUUACUAGACGACCUCAAAGCAAAAUCCGAAGGACAGGCGGACGAGCUGAAGAGACUUCAGUCCAAACUGGAGCAGCAGACUCAGGCGUCGUCUCAGGAGCUGGAAAACAUUAAGAAGACUCUUUCUGAUGCAGAGACCAAAAAUGACAAAUCCCAGAAUGAACUGCAGAAACAGAAGCAAGAGACAGAGAGGCUGACCAACAGGCUGACAGUAACGGAGAAGGAGUGCCAAGAGCUGAAAUCCAACCUCACUGCAAGUCAGAGUGAGACUAAGGAACUGAAACAAGAACAUGAAGCUCUGCUGGAGUGGAAGAAAGAAAAGGAGACCUUGAUUAAUGAAACUGAGGCUGUGCAAAAAGACCUCACCGACAAAAUUGGCAACUUGGAGAAAAGUCUUGUCUCGCUGAAUGAAGCUAAUGAUGAAGUUAAGAAGCAGCUCAUGAGUGCAGAGGGAGAAAAGGCCAGUCUGUCUGCUCACAUCGAUUCACUGAAGGGAGAACUCCUCAACAAGAGCACAGAGUUGGAGGAGAAAGAGCAUCACUACAAUGAGCUCCAGUCUAAAUUCUCUGAGGCUGGACAGAAGCACACCAAAGACCUGGAGAAUGUCGCAGUGCAAGUGGCUCAGCUUGAAGCACAGGUCAAAAGUCUGGAGUUGCGGUUGCAGAAGGAAAUAACUCGAGCAGAGCAGGCUGAGAGGACCAACACAGAGCUGCAGGAAGAGCACCAGGCAGCCUGCGACCUGCUUCGCUCCAAAGACCAGCUGGUCGAGUUGGGACAAGCAGAGAUCAGCCAGCUGAGAGAGAGCCUGGUUCAGGCCACUGCACAGCAAGAGGAGCAAACUACCAGGUUGGCAGAGGAGAAGGCCGCCCUGCUGAAGCAGUGUGAGGAGAGUGUUUCAGCAAAGGUUGAAGAGACCGAGCAGCUGAAGCUGCAGCUGGAGGAGACUCAGCAAGAGCUGCUGCUCACCAAAAAUCAGGUGAGCUCGACGGAUCAGCUCCUGAAGGUCCAGGAGCAGCUGGGAGCUGAGCUGCAGAGACAAAUUAAGACACUGUCAGACAGUGAUGAGGAACACAAAAAGAUGUAUGAGAAGAAAACAGAAGAGCUCAAGCAGUUAGAGGAGGAGCUGAAGGAUCUGCAGAGCGACACACAAGAGAAGGAGAGGCAGCUCAGAGAGGCUGAAGCUCAGAUUUUGUCUCUAGAGACGGAAAAGGCUGAGCUGGAAAAUGUAAUUCAAGAGACCAAGAAAGAGGCGGAGAACCUCCAGCAGGCUCUUACUGAGAAGAUCAACAACCUUCUGGAGCAGAUAUCUUCCUUAGAAGAAGAGCUGACUGCAAGCAAAGAUGCAGCAGAGAAGGUUCCAGUCUUGAAGAAUGAACUGGAUGUGGCCAACCAGUCCCUCGCUGACCUUAAGAAGAGUCUAGAAGCUCUUGAGACGAGUCACUCCUCCACUCUUCAAAUCAAGUCUAACUUGGAGAACACCCUCACAGAGAAAAUCAAUCUGAUCUGUACUUUGGAGAGAGAAGUCAAAGAGCUCACAGAGAAGAUGAGCAAAGAGUCUGAGAGUCACGCCUUGGAGGUUGAAAGCUUCCUCAACAAAGAAAAGAUCCUCAAAGAGAAGCUCGAAGCCGCUAAGAAAUCAGCAGCUGCUGCUAAAACAGAAGCCAGUUCUCGAGGGGAGGAGAUCAGGACCAUGAAGACGACUCUGAAGGCUGCUUCGCGCGGCAUAGAAGAGAGAGACGGCACGAUAAAGAGUCUGAAGGAGAAGCUCAAUGAAGCAGAGGCAGAGCAGACCAAAACUUCAAAUCUUCUGAAGGAGAAGGUGGUUGCCAUGAACAAAAUCAAGGUGCAGCUGGAGAUGCUGCAAAUGGACCUGGAGGACAACGAGACUGCCAUGACCUCUUUUGACAGUAAGGUGGAGGAGCUGAAGGGAACCAUAGAAUCACUGGAGGCUCAGCUGGCUCACAACCAAACCCAGAUGUCUGACAUGGAGGCCAGACUGGAGGACAGCAAAGCCCAGGUCUCUGUCUUGGAAACCCGGUUAGAGGAGGUCCAGUCCCAGAACUCAGUGCUGGAGACACAGUUUGUCACAGCCAGGGAGGAGCUGAUGGAGAGGAGCUGUGAAAUAACACGCCUGGAAGAGGAGGCUGUCAAUCAAAAACAGCUGGAGGAGAGCGUUGCUGCUUUAGAGUCUAAACUCAGCCAGACUACAGAGGAAAAUGUCAAGUUAGAGAAAACUCUCAGGCAGAUAACUGAGGGCAAAGACAAUGAUCUUAACCAGUUACAACAAGAGAAAAACAACCUUGAGACUACGCUGAAGCAUUUAACAGAGGACAAAGAGCAAGUGGAAACUGAAAUGAUUCAGGUAAAUGCAGCAAAGAAACAGCUGGAAGCCAGCUUAUGCAAGCUGUCUGAGGAGAACAAACAACUGCAGACCAGCAUUCAGAAAUUAACAGAGGAAAAGCAGAACAUCGACGCAAUGAUUGUGCAGAAACAAGAAGCUGAAUCGACCCUUAAACAGGUCAUCGAGGAGAAAGCCCAACUAGAUGUUGCACUUAAUCUGAUGAACGAGGAGAAAGCCCAACUGGAGGCUAAACUAAGUGAGCUAACCUCCGAGAAAGACAACUCUGUCGCUAACUUGAAUCGAGUAGUUGAGGAAAAGUUUCAGCUGGAAGUGAACUACAAUCAACUGACCGAAGAGAAUAUCAAACUACAGUCUAGUAUGAACCAAUUAUCUGAGGAGAAGCUGCAGUUACAGGAUAGCAUGGAGAAGCAUGAAGCUGAAGUGGCUUCACUUAAACAGCAGCUUGAAAUGAGGGACAAGAAGGCCGAGGAGGAGAACAGAGAAAGGAGCCAACAGUUUGAGGCGGAGCAGGCAGAACUGCACCAGAAGUUGGGGGCCUUACAGACAGAGCUGACUGUGUUCAAGCAGCAGUACGACUCACUGCUGGAACAGGUGGGCCAACAACAGGGCCUCAUACAGCAGCUCUCAGAGUUGCAGGGAACCCAGAAGCUGGGAGAUGGAAUCAGCUACAUGGAGUCUGUUGCUGAGGCAUCAGGACAGACUGAUGUUGAGCCAACACUUGAUACAAGCACCAACUCUGAGUCCAUUCCAGUAAAGGAACAGCUGAGCACCAUGAUGUCUGAACUGGGUGAACUUUCCUUCCAGUCUGACGAAGCCUUCAGUGAGGCAAAGCUGGUGUUGAAGGAGGACAUCAGUGAGCAAGAGAUGAUCCAGGAACAACUGCACGAGGAACGGGAGGAAACAACUAGUAACAAGGAGCAGCAGUCCUCAGAGCAGCUUCCUGAAGACAGCGGUAACGCCAGAGAUUUCCUUGGAAGUAAACCUGAAAUCACUGAGCUUUCUCUGCCAUCAUCCUCCGUUGUUGAGACAAGAGAGUCAGAAUCCUCUGAUACAGAGGCAUUCCAGGCACAAGACCACUUCACAGAAAUGAUCCCAAAACAAGAGCUCCUGACCCUGCGCUCAGAGUUUGACCUGCUGAGGUCUGACCUUGCACUCAGAAUGGAGCUGACCUCCGAACUGGAAGUCCAGGUUCAGAACUUAGAGGAGAAAGUUCACGCAGCAGAGGAGCAGGCACAGGGUACAGCACAUAAGCUGAACAUCGCUUUGGAGGAAAAGAAAGACGUUGCUAAACAGCUGGCCCAGCUGUCAGAAGAGAAGGAGACAUUAACUCUGCAGCUGCAAACAGCUAAAUUCCAGCUGGCUGAUGUUAUGGAGAUGUUGGAGGGACUGGAGAUGACCAAAGGUGGAUUGGAUGAGAAAUUCCUUCAGCAGGAGAGUGAGCUGAAGAGGGUACGCUCAGAGAAAGCCAACCUGGAGCAGCACAUCCUGGGCAUGGAGUCUGAGCUGGAGACCUUCCAGGGGGAGAGGACCAAACUGGGGGCUGAGUUGGAGACACAGAGGAGGACUUGUUCUGGCAUGGAGCAGCAGAUAGAGACACUCAUGACAGAGACAACCCAGCUGAGGUCUGAGCUUGUGUCCUGCACCGAGGAGCGAGAUGAUCUGAACCAGUCUUUGAGCCAAUGGAGAGAAAAAGUUCACAGUCUGGAGAAGACUAACUGUGACACCAGAAACCUAAUUUCCAUCCUGGAGGACGACAUCAGAGCAGGGAGGAAGGAGUAUGAAGCCCUGCAAAGCAGCAUGGAGAAACUGAAGACAGAAAGGCAACAGCUGUUGGAGCAGAUUAAGACACUGGAGCAGGCAAUAUCCCAACAGAGUGGAGAGAGAGAGGAACUUAUCGGGCAGCUUGACAAGAUCAAAGAAAACCACACCUCAGCCAAUCACAGCACUGAGUCCAUGGUCGGCACUAUAGAGGCUCUAAAGGGAGAAGUGUGCCGUCUUUCACAGUCUCUGGAGUCCUCUCUACUGGAAAAAGGAGAGAUUGCCUCUCGUCUGAACUCCACACAAGAUGAGGUCCGGCAGAUGAAGACUGGCAUUGAAAAGCUCCAGGUCCGCAUUGAGUCGGACGAGAGGAAGAAAAAGAAGAUGGGAGAGCUGCUCAAAGCUGCCCAGAGGAAGUCUGACUCCCUGCAGGAUCGCAUUGAUGCCCUAGAGCGUGAGAAGGAAGAUGUAGAGCAAAGUCUAGAGGACGCUGUGCUACAGGCCGAAACAGACAAAGCUGAUCUGGAGGAGGAAAGGAGAAAGGUGGAGGAGGAGAAGAGUGAGCUCAGUGAAGAACUAUCCAAGCUCUCAGCCACGCUGGACAACCUGAGAUCUGAGAAAGAACGCAUGGAGAGAGAGCUGGAGGCAAAAAACAGAGAGAUAGAAGAACUGAAGAUCGCUAAGGAGGAGCUGGAGAGAGGGUUGGAGAAGGCAGAGGUGGACAGAAGAGAAGAAGAGGAAAGACAAAAAUUCAGGGUAGAAGAGCUGGAGAAAGGAAUGAGAGAGGAAGCCGAGAGGCAAACGAGACAAGUGGAUGACCUCCAGGCACAGCUGGAAGCCUCGAGGCAGAGAGAGAUCAGCCUUGAACAAAAGAGUGCAGAAGCUGAAGGGGAGAAAGAGAGAAUGCAGUCUCUGCUGGUAGAGAUGGAGAGAGAGAAAACGUGUCUGCAGUCCUCUCUGGAGGCUUGGCAGACGGAAGGAGAGGGGCUCCGUUCUCAGGGAGCGGAGUGGGAGAAAGAGAGAAAUAAUCUGAGGAACAAUAUUGAGGCCUUGGAGGAAGAAAUUAAGGAGUUUAAAACACUCAUAAAAGUAAAAGAGGAAGAGAGGGAACUGCUACAGAAGGAGGCAGAGCAGAGACAUGCCUCAGAAAAAUCCAUCUCGUCUGUUAUGGCUGAGAAAAAACAGAUAGAAGAAGAAAAUAGACGGCUGGCAGAGGAAAAAGAGAAACUGCACUCAACCCUGUCUUCAGUGGAACAAGAGAGAGAUAAUCUGCAGUGCACUCUUGCAUCUGUAGAAGAAAAGAAAGGACGACUAGAGCAAGACAGGGAGGCGUUAGCUGAUCAGACAGAGAAGCUUCAGUCGAGCCUCUCCUUGGUAGAAAAGGAGAAGAGUGACAUGCAACAAACUCUGUCUUCACUAAAGGAAGAGAAGGGAAAUAUAGAGGAGAAGAACCAGAAGUUAGAGGCUGAAAAACAGGAAUGGCAGUCAUCCCUUUCUGUGAUUGAAGUGGAGAAAAAUAACCUCUCUGCAGCUCUUUCUUCACUGGAACAAGAGAAGCAAAGAGCAGAAGAAGAGAAAGAGAAACUCAGAGAAGAGAAAGAGACUCUUCAGUCUACAGUGUCCUCUCUGGAGAAGGAGUUAGAAACAUGCAAGCUGUCUGCGGCACAGCUCAACGAGCAGGUGUCUGAGCUAACAUCUCAGGCUGCUCGUCUGUCUAAAGAAAGAGACUCCACCCUGAGCAAGAUGAGUCUUUGGAUGAAGACCUGCAAACAGCUGGAGCAGGAGAAGCAAGAGAUGUUAAACAGCCCAGCUGACGGAAAGAGCAGCGAGGAGGUGCAGUCUGAGGUGGACCAGCUGAAGAUGGAGGCCGAGAAGAGAGAGAAGGAAGUGGAAGACCUGAAGACUGCCCUGCAGAAGAAGAAGGUGGAGGCAGAAGAAAAAACUAAAGAGGUUGAAGAACUUGAGGCUGCUCUCGAGGGAAGGAAGAAGGAGUUAGAAGAGAGAAACAAAGACCUGGAGGAGAUGAAGAGUGAGCUGGAUGAACUAAACAAACUCCUGGAGGAGAAAAGCACGGAGGCAGACGAGAGCAUGGAUAAAUACUGCAGCCUGAUGGUUAAAGUCCACAAGCUGGAAGAGACCAAUGAUGCACUGACGACACAGCUGACGCAGCUCACUGCUAACCAGCGUCCUAAAGAAGCUAACACCCACUCCAGCAGCACCGACAGUACUCGCCCCCGGCGCUCAGGAAGGAAGUCUACCUCUAAACAUCUGGAAGAGAAACUGGAUGACAACACUGAGAACAUGGCUCCUUCAACACCUCAGAGGUCUCCUCAGGGGUCAUCGUCAGGGAAACGGGGUCACGGUGACAUCAGUGAUAAGGACAGUGCCCAGGAGGCCCUGCACAACCUGACAAAGAAGAUCAAAGCCAACGCAGUGACAACACCCAAGCCAAGAACUGAACAGGAAGAUGAGGAGUUCAGACCAGAGGGACUUCCUGAGCUGGUGCAGAGAGGUUUUGCUGAUAUUCCUGUGGGCGAGGCCAGUCCGUUCAUCAUGAGGAGAACCACAGUGAAGCGCUGCAGUCCUCGACUGGCUGCCAGACAGACUGCACCUGACGGCAAGGCUUUGGGGCCCAUACCCCUCCAGAGUCCCUCUGCAGACAGCUCCAACAGGAAAUGUCUCUCCCCAAGUGGCGGGGAGAAAGAACAUGCAGACAACUGUCAUGUCCAGUAGAUUGAUGUACACACAUGCACACACACAUACAGUCUUGUACUUGUGAUUUAUUUGUAGAAAUGUACACUUCCACACUUAUAGAUACACAAAUCACACUUCACUUUUUACACAGUGAACUUUAAAGUAAAUACAUGUAUUUUAAAAGGAGCAAACUAGACAGCUAUAUAACAUUGGAAUUCUUCUUUUCAGUGGUGUUCCCCUUUAAAGUUAAGUUAGUCACUUAAGAUGCACCUUCUCUGUCUACCUGGGGGUGGGAAGUUAGCUGGACGUGUGUGUGGAUGUGUGACUUGGUUUUGUUUCCCAUAUCACUUUCUUCCUGGACUGCAAAAGACACAGCUGCAGUCCACCUGUCAUUCUCUUCAUUUUAUGUUGGUUUAAAAGUUAAACUCAUGAGAAAUAAACCACUACCCAAAGAAAGAUGAAGAGGCAGGUUAAAGAGGAAACUCUACCACUACCUUUUAUCGUGCUAUCUUUGGUGAUUUUAAUGUAACUGUGUCAGAUGCAUUAUUUUUGUGAGUGUUUUAGAACGAAUGAAACUACGAUUGUUUUGUGAUUCCUCUGAAUGUAAACCCGGCUGGUUUGUUUGUUCCUCCGUUGUCAUGUCUUCACUUUGUCACACUUUGUCUUUUCCACAGGUUGUACUAUAUUUUCUUUUGUUCUGUUCUCGUUCUUCACGUGUGAGAAAUGUCCUGAACUUUGUACAUAGUAGAUGAUAUAUAACAGCUAUGCAUCAUCCAUCUGUCACUCCUGUAAUAUAUCGCCUGAUCGCUAAUGGCAGCUAACUCAGUUUUUAUAGAUUUUUCUGCUCUGUCUUUUAUACUCUAGAUUUUUUUAUAGAUAAAGUCAAGAAAAGUUUUGUUAAACUUUUUUCUUUUUUAAUUUUUGCAGCAAAUGUUCAAACCAGAUCUGCAUUUUAUACGUUUGUUUUUUAUGUAGUUACUGAUCAUUGUAAAUAGUUAAUGAUGCCUCAUAGCUCAUUUCCCCCUUUUUUAAUACUAAACCUUAACUGCU